UCGGAAAGCACGCACCAUCAAAACACGACAUAUCGAACAGUGUGGUAAACAAAGAUUUACUUUUUUAAAGUUUCACGUGUUUUUGUGCACAUUUUGAAGCAAAUACUAAACAUGAAUAUUACCCCUGUUGUGCGAUUGGCUUCCGAACGGGUAAACAUUCCACUCAUUGCGGAUGGUGGCGAAAACCAACGUCUAUUUACACCCGGUGAGGUCGUGACGAGACAGCAAGGAUUUAUGCGUGGCCAUGGAACGUAUAUGGAGGAAGAUGCGCUAAAAUCUUCGGUUGCGGGUGUGAUGGUACAGGUAAACAAACUGAUCACGGUAAAAGCCCUCAAGGGUCGAUACGUGGGUGAAAUCGGAGAUGUAGUGGUAGCCCGCGUAACCGAAGUACAGGAAAAGCGCUGGAAGGUGGACACAAACUCCCGGUUGGAUUCGGUUCUGCUGCUGUCCUCGGUAAAUCUACCGGGUGGUGAAUUACGUCGACGUGGCGUGGAGGACGAGAAGCAGAUGCGUAAAUAUCUGCAGGAGGGCGAUUUGAUUUCGGCCGAGGUGCAAAAUGUCCACUCCGAUGGUGUGCUAUCGUUGCAUACGCGAAGCUUGAAGUACGGUAAACUCUCCCAGGGAAUUCUUGUGAAAGUGUUUCCUUCGCUUAUUCAACGUCGCAAAACGCACUUUCACAACUUGCCCUGCGGUGCCUCGAUCAUACUGGGAAACAAUGGAUUCAUUUGGAUAGCCCCAAUUACGAACAGUGAAGGAGAAGGUGGUGGUUUCACGCAGAAUCUGGAUGAUGUAGUGACGAAAGAGGAUCGUAAAACGAUUUCCCGGCUAAGGAAUUGCAUUCUCGCAUUGGCACACUGCAAGAUGAUGCUUCACGACACUAGCAUACUGUACGCGUACGAAGAGUCUUGCAAGUACGAAACUUCCGAACUGCUUCACCCGGAAUGUAUGGCCGAUGUUGCGUUUUUGACACAGCAUCGCUUGCGAGUAUUGGAAGUUUAAUAAGAGUUAAUAAAAGCCUUUUGCUGUACAAAAAAUAAAUUUUACAGUGUGCAGCGUAUGUUUACGAAUGCGCAUAAAAGCGAAAAUGGAAAAACAAAAAGCAGGAAAGCAACAGCAACAAACAAUGC